AACUCAGGUAGUGCACACUUGGUUCGAGAUCUGUCUUUACUUGUGGCUGGAGUGUCAGUCUUUGUCAGUGAAAACAUGUCAGUCCAAUUCUCAAGGCAGUCUGGAUCUGUUAGAGGUCCUACUAGUGUCCGGAUCUCUCAGAUUUCCUCAACAUCUGCCCCAGUUCGCAAAGCUUAUAGCGUGUAUACAGGAACAGGUGGCCGUACUCUUGCUUCAGGACCAGCAUAUGGUGGCAGCAUCAUUUCAUCAUCUGUUACUAGUUUGGGGUCUGCAGCAGGUGGUUCUGGUGGUGGCUAUGGGGCUGGUUUUAGCUUUGGUAGUAGUGGUGGUGGUGGUGGUGCAAGGUUUGGUGUUGGAGCAGGUUUUGGUGGUUUUGCUGCUGCCUUGGCUGGUGCAGGUGAUGAUGGUGGCUUUAUUGGUGGAAAUGAAAAGGCAACCAUGCAAAACCUAAAUGACCGUCUAGCUUCCUACCUGGAUAAGGUGCGUGACCUAGGGAAGGAAAACUCUGAACUAGAGCAAAAAAUCAAAGAGCAUUAUCUGAAGCAAACUCAGGGAGGAGAAGGGACAGGUCGUGACUACAGUGAAUUUGAAAAGAUAAUCGAAGAGUUGAGGGAUAAGUUAAUAAAUGUACAAGUGGACAAUGCCACUAUUCUGCUGGGUAUUGACAAUGCUAAACUAGCUGCUGAUGACUUCCGACAAAAGUAUGAGACUGAGCAGGCCAUGAGAUUUGGUGUUGAAGCAGAUAUAAAUGGCAUGCGUAAGAUCCUGGAUGACCUGACACUUGCCAAAGCUGAGCUUGAAUCCAACAUUGAAGCUUUCAGAGAUGACUUGGCUUACAUAAAUAAGAACCAUAGAGAGGAAAUGGACUCAAUGCGUACGCAGAUCGGUGGUCAAGUCAAUGUAGAGGUUGAUGCGGCUCCAGGUGUUGACUUGACCAAAGUAAUGGAAGAGAUGAGAGCUGAGUAUACCGCUAUGGUAGAGAAGAAUAAAGCAGAAGCUGAAGCAUGGUUCAAAGACAAGGCUGCAGAUCUGAAUAAAGAAGUAUCUACUGGCACAGAAUUAUUGCAGACACACAAGACAGAGAUAACAGACCUGAGACGCACUUUACAGGGACUAGAAAUUGAGCUGCAGUCUCAACUUGCUAGGAAAAAUACUUUACAACAUUCAUUAGAUGAAACAGAAGGCCGCUAUGGGUCACAGCUGCAGGACAUGCAAUUUUCCAUCCAUGACAUUGAAGAAAAUAUAGCUAACCUUCGGGCACAAAUUGAGCAUCAAUCAAGGGAGUACCAGCUUCUCCUCGAUGUCAAAACAAGGCUGGAAAAUGAGAUCAAUAUGUACCGCAAACUUCUGGAAGGAGAGGAGAGCAGCGGCUACAGCCAUAGCAGUUCCACGGUAUCAUCAGGUCCACAGACAUCUGUACAGAUCAAAACAAUUGUCGAAGAAUACAAAGAUGGAAAGAAGGUCUCACAUAAGGAGGAGAAACGUGAACAUCUGUGAAGCAACCUACACUAUUAGAGACCCACUCUGUAUCUGACAAGAAAAGAAAAUAGUAUAUACACACACACACACACACACACACACACACACACACACACACACACACACACACACACACACACACACACACACACACACACAUGAGAUUUAUGGAAGGGAAAGCAGCCAAGAAGUUUUAAUAACUGCCAUCUCUGAAGACUAUAUAAAUAGGACCAGCCUAGACACAGAGAGACACAGCAAGCAGUCUUGAGAUAAGAGGCCAUAGGUUGGUGUUAUCUCUUGUCUAGAUGUUGUCACAUUUUUAGUAGUAUUCUGUAAGAGGUGUCUAUAUACCAGCCACAUUUAUGAUAGGCUUUUGAAUAAGUAAUAUAGAAAGAAACUUAAGGUUAAGUCUUUUUUAUGUUACAAUGAACAAUAAAAUGAUUUACUGAACAGAAUGCCCAGAAAAAGGAAUCAGGGGAAAAAGCUUGCAAAAAUUAAUGUAAUUUGCAGCACAAACAGUCAAACCAAGUUUUUUUCAGCAGUUUUAUAUCUGCAUAAAGCUACUCUUAACAUAGUCAAAAGUGAGUCUGCUUAAACAGCAUGCUUACCUAAAAUGCAUUUCAUUCUUUUUUGAUCAAGUCUAAGGCUUGCAUGUUCUUGCAUCACUUUCAGUUAUGUCAUAUUUGCACAUUGACUCACUUCAAAUAAAUAAAGGAAAUUUCUUUGUCACUUCA